CGGGCAGGAAGCGCCCGGGGCGCCCGGCCGGGCGGCGAGCCGCCCCGGGGCGCAGUGUGGCCCCCUGCCGGAGGGACCAGGAGCACCACCCCGCAGAACAGCCCUGCCUUCCCAGCGAGGAGACGUGGAGGGGAACCAACUCCCUGUGUACACAGCGUCCGAUUGUGUGGCUGGAGCUCCCGCGGCGGCGUGGUGACGUAAAUGGCUCGACUCCCCGGCGGCAUCCGCUUCCUUAUCUCUUUCUCCAGGGAUCAGUGGUACAGAGCCUUCAUCUUCGCCCUGACGUUCCUGCUGUACGCCAGCUUUCACUUAUCGCGGAAGCCCAUCAGCAUAGUCAAGGGCGAGCUGCACAAGCCCUGCGCGCCCGAGGACGAGGCGGAGCCCGGGUUCAGCGGCCAAGGCCGCGGCGUCGCGCCCCGGCCUCCCGGCCCGCUCCCCGACAAUGACACCAACUGCGGCUGGGCCCCUUUUGAUAAAAGCAAUUACCAGCAGCUGCUGGGGGCGCUGGACUACGCCUUCCUGUGUGCCUACGCCAUCGGGAUGUACCUGAGCGGCAUCAUCGGGGAGCGGCUGCCGAUUCGCUAUUACCUGACGUUCGGGAUGCUCGCCAGCGGAGGCACCGCCCUGUUCGGGCUCGGGUACUUCUACGACGUCCACAACCUGGCCUUCUACGUGGUGGCUCAGGUCAUCAACGGGCUGGUGCAGACCACAGGCUGGCCCAGUGUCGUCGCCUGCCUCGGCAACUGGUUUGGAAAAGGGAGGCGGGGCCUCAUCAUGGGAGCCUGGAACUCCCACACCUCCGUGGGCAACAUCCUGGGGUCCUUGAUCGCUGGCUACUGGGUGUCCACCUGCUGGGGCCUGUCCUUUGUCGUGCCCGGGGCCAUCGUGGCGGCCAUGGGGAUGGUGUGCUUCCUCUUCCUCAUUGAACACCCUCAGGACAUCCGGUGCUCCGCCACGCCGUCCACGCAUCCCAAGGGCUGUGAGAACGGCGCACACAGACUCAGACUGCAGAAGCAAGUCUCACGCAGCGAAAAGAACAGGCCUCCGGACCCCGAGACGCAGUGUCUGCUACUGUCGGACGGGAAGAUCCCUGUCCCCCCGAGCCACGUGCUCGUCCUCCCGGGGGACGCGGGGGGUGGCGUGGCCGCCAUCAGCUUCACGGGGGCCCUGCGGAUCCCGGGCGUGAUCGAGUUCUCGCUGUGCCUGCUCUUCGCCAAGCUGGUCAGCUACACCUUCCUCUUCUGGCUGCCGCUGUACAUCACCAGCGUGGAUCACCUCGACGCCAGGAAGGCGGGCGAGCUCUCCACGCUGUUCGACGUGGGCGGGAUCUUUGGUGGGAUCCUGGCCGGUGUGAUCGACCGCCUGGAGAAGCGCGCCUCCACCUGCGGCCUCAUGCUGCUGCUCGCCGCCCCCACGCUCUACAUCUUCUCCUCCGUCAGCAAGAUGGGCCUGGAAGCCACCGUAGCCAUGCUGCUCCUGAGCGGCGCGCUGGUCAGCGGGCCCUACGCGCUCAUCACCACCGCCGUCUCCGCAGACCUGGGGACUCAUAAAAGCCUGAAAGGAAACUCCCACGCCCUGUCCACCGUGACGGCCAUCAUCGACGGUACGGGCUCUGUAGGGGCGGCGCUGGGCCCCCUGCUGGCGGGGCUCAUCUCCCCAUCCGGAUGGAGCAACGUCUUCUACAUGCUGAUGUUUGCGGACGCCUGCGCCUUACUGUGUCUGCUUCGCCUGAUCCACAAGGAGCUGAGCUGCCCGGGCCCCGCGGCGGGCGACCAGGCGCUGCUGAAGGAGCACUGAGCGCCGAGCACCGCGUCUGUUCCUCUCGUCCUUCAGGCUGAAGGGGC